AUGGCCAAGGCUGUGCGCCACCGUGGUCCCGAUUGGAGCGGUAACUUCUGUGCCCAAGCUACUAUCCUUGCACACGAGCGUCUGAGCAUUGUCGGUGUUGACUCCGGUGCUCAGCCUCUUGUCAACGAUGAUGAGACCCUCGCUCUCGCUGUCAACGGUGAGAUCUACAACCACCGUAUCCUGCGCAAGAGCCUCAAGCACAAGUACAACUUCAAGACACACUCUGACUGCGAGGUCAUUCUCCCUUUGUAUGAGGAACACGGCCUUGAUGCCCCCAAGUUCCUUGACGGCAUGUUCUCCUGGGUUCUCUGGGACAAGAAGCUUGACCGUGUAAUUGCUGCCCGUGACCCCAUUGGUGUCACCAGUUUCUACCUCGGUCGUUCUUCGGCCACCCCCGGUGCUGUCUACUUCGCCUCUGAGCUAAAGUGCCUGCACCCCGUUUGUGACGACAUUAUUGCUUUCCCUCCUGGUCAUGUUUACGACUCUAGCACCGAUAAGAUGACCCGCUACUUUGAACCUAAGUGGUGGGACGCUGCCGCCGUUCCCUCGACCCCCGUCGACUACAAGCACCUUCGCGAGACUUUCGAGAAGGCCGUUCGCAAGCGCCUGAUGGCCGAGGUUCCCUACGGUGUUUUGCUGUCGGGUGGUCUCGACUCCAGUCUCGUUGCAUCUAUCGCCCAGCGCGAGACCCUGCGCAUGCAAAAGGCCUAUCUCGAGUCUUCCAAGUCCACUGCCUCCACUUCUGACCUAGUUGGUAUCGACGACGAGAACGAGCUGUCAACAUUGACCACCUUCCAGCAAUUGCACUCAUUCUCUAUUGGUCUUCCCGGUGCCCCCGACACUGCUGCUGCUCUCGAAGUUGCCAAGUUCCUUGGCACCAAGCACCACGCUUUCACUUUUACCGUUCAGGACGGUCUGGACGCCCUGUCAGAUGUUAUUUACCAUCUGGAGACCUACGAUGUCACCACCAUCCGUGCCUCGACUCCUAUGUACUUGCUAUCCCGCAAGAUUAAGGCCAUGGGUGUCAAGAUGGUUCUGAGUGGUGAGGGUAGUGACGAGAUCUUCGGUGGCUACCUAUACUUCCAUGCCGCCCCUAACCGGGAGGAAUUCCACAAGGAGACUGUGCGUCGUGUUAAGAACCUGCACCUGGCUGACUGCCUGCGUGCCAACAAGUCCACCUCCGCCUGGGGUCUUGAGGCUCGUGUUCCCUUCUUGGACAAGGAGUUCCUUGAGUACUCCAUGGGUGUUGACCCCAAGGACAAGAUGAUCACCAGCGAGCGUAUUGAGAAGCACAUGCUCCGCAAGGCCUUCGAUACCAGCGACGACCCCAGUGCUGAGCCCUACCUUCCUGAGAAGAUCCUUUGGCGCCAGAAGGAACAGUUCAGCGACGGCGUUGGCUACAGCUGGAUUGAUGGCCUGAAGGACAACGCCGAGUUGCAAAUCACUGAUGAGAUGAUGAAGAACCCCAAGCCUGAGUGGGGCACCGAUAUUCCGGAUACCAAGGAAGCUUACUGGUACCGCUUGAUGUUCGAUGAGCACUUCCCUCCAUACUGUGCCAGCACUGUGGAGCGAUGGACCCCUACCUGGUCUAAGCAGACUGACCCCAGCGGCAGAGCGAUUGCCAUCCACAACGCCAAGUAUGAGAAGGCUGAGUAA